AUGGAUCGUUAUGUUGUUACAAACGAUUGCAUACCAGAAAUUGUUAAACAUUCCAAAAUAAAUGACAAUUCUGCUCAAUUUUUCCGUCGUAAAAAUUUCUUGAACGGUUUACAAAAUGCCCUCAACAUCCUAAACGGCCUCGAGCGUUGUCUACAAAAGACUGGCAAGUACGAGAAGAAGUUGUUAAAAUGCAAGUCGUCUCACUCGCAUACACACAAUAACGAUUGGUGGGAGAGUGAACCGUCAGAGGGCAAGGAAACGAAGGUUUUGAAUGCUGACAAAACUACAUCGUCUAGAAACCAAGUUGACUUGGCGGAAUCCUGGUCUACUAUGAGCAUUGUGUGCCUUCAAUAUCAAUACGAAGAGUUAUCGAAACGUUACGAGGCGUUACUCCAAGCGUACGACGAGCGAUGUGGUGCGUUGAGCGAACGAGAGAGGGCGGUGGCGCGGCUGCAGGGGCGCACGGACAGGAUGCGCGCGCAGCUUGUACACGCGCACCAAGCACUGCUCUCCGUUGGUGACAAGUAUCUCAUGCUGCGAGGGAAAAAGAUGAUGCAAAAAAAAUGGUAUGAAGAAAGAUUAGAAGCUCUGAAGCGUUUACUACAGGAAAUAACAUUUGAAGCGGAACGCGCCGAGUUUGAACUGAACAGUCAAACGCAAGACUCUGUGGAGUCGGAAGAUGUCGACACAUCUUUACUUGUUUCAGAGAUUAGUCGCUGUAACUCUUUGUUUUUAGAGAAUCUUCGUUUGAAAACAGAAUUGGAAGGCGUGUCCACGCAACAUUACGAUACUUAUUAG